UCGGGUCUGUGACAGCGACAGACAAAACCAGUGAGGAAACCUUUGAUAUAACUUCAUAAUUUCCUUCAAAUGCCACUUUACGGACAAACUCAAACAAGCUGAUUGGGAGUUUAAUUUAUUCCACCGUGUUGUGGUCUGCAGACUGCGAUAGAGAAGAUGGUUUUUCAAAACAAUGGUCGGUACAAAAACGAGCGAGGACAAGGUCGGGGAGAACAGGACAAUCAGGACGAUGGAUCCUCAGCCCUCAAGCGUCUGGAGCGCAGCCAGUUCACCGACGAGAUGGACGCCCGCUUUGGUUUCGACAGGAUUAAAGAGCCAGGGGAGAAAACAGGCUGGCUGAUCAACAUGCAUCCUACUGAAAUUCUGGAUGAUGACAAGAGGAUGAUCAGUGCUGUGGACUAUUAUUUCAUACAGGAGGAUGGAAGCAGGUUUAAGGUGGCCCUCCCUUUCAAGCCAUACUUUUACAUCGCCACUAAAAAGAAUUGCGAAAGAGAAGUUAUCUCAUACUUAACGAGGAAGUUUCAAGGAAAGGUGACGAAGCUUGAAGUCAUCCCAAAAGAGGACCUCGACCUGCCGAACCAUCUGGUUGGACUGAAGCGAAGCUACAUCAAGCUGUCCUUCAGCACCGUGGACGAACUCAUGAAGAUCAAGCGUGAGAUCUCUCCAGCAGUACGCAAGAACAGAGAGAAGGAGCAGUCCAAUGACUCCUACACCUCCAUGUUAUCAAGUGCCUUAUCAGGUGGAAAUGUGAACACAGCAGAGGAAGACGGGCCGUCAAAGCGUAUCUCAGACCAGUUAGACAACAUAGUGGACAUGAGAGAGUAUGAUGUGCCAUAUCAUAUGCGGUUGUCCAUCGACCUUAAGAUCCACGUGGCUCACUGGUACAAUGUUCGCUACAGAGGCAGCGCUUACCACCCAGAGAUCAUACGCAGAGAUGAUCUUGUGGAGAGACCAGACCCUGUUGUUUUGGCUUAUGACAUCGAGACCACCAAACUCCCACUGAAGUUCCCGGAUGCAGAGAGCGAUCAGAUCAUGAUGAUCUCCUACAUGAUUGAUGGACAGGGGUAUUUAAUCACAAACCGGGAGAUUGUCUCUGACGACAUUGAAGAUUUUGAGUUCACUCCCAAACCUGAAUAUGAAGGGCCUUUCACUGUUUUCAACGAGGAGGACGAGGCGGCUCUCAUCCGGAGAUUCUUUGACCACGUUCAAGAAACCAAACCAAACAUCUUUGUGACCUACAAUGGAGACUUCUUUGACUGUGCUUCAACCUGGCUGUCUCCGACCAUCAUGCCAUCCUGCUUCACUGUGCCUAUCGCCCUCCCCAGACAGCUUGUACUGCGGACAAUUACCUACAGGAACUUAAAAUCACCUCUGGCCGCCACUGGAGCGGCUCCCACAAAAAAUCUGGCCUCCACAGUCCAUCUGGAGGCUUACAGAGAGCAUGUCAGAUCAUACAAGGAAGCUCUCUCAAAAGCUAAGGCACACUGCUGCUCCUCACUCAUCGGUAACCAGCAACACCACCCCCAUAUGCUCUUCUCCACCAUAAACCGCCUACUCCACCCAAUUGACCCCCCCAACCCAGCAGACGCCCCCGAGCUUUGCACCAGGUUCCUUGACUUCUUUGAGGACAAAGUCAACUCCAUCCACCAGGAACUCCAGGCCUCUGCCCCAUCCCAUCCAUAUGCCACACCACCUCCAGUCACUGUUCGCUCAACUCAACACCUGCCUCAAUGUUGUCUCUCCUCCUUUGCACCAGUGGAUGUCACACAGGUUACCAAACUUGUCUCAAAAGCUAACGCUACAACCUGCUCCCUCGACCCCAUGCCCUCUGCCCUGGUCAAAACUUGCGUACCCAUCCUCUGCUCCACCAUUGUUAAAAUGAUCAACUCCUCCCUGGAAUCAGGCAAGGUUCCCGCCGUUCUCAAGAUAGCAGCUGUCACCCCCAUCAUCAAAAAACCUGGUAGCGACCCCGAGGACCCCAGCAACUUCCGGCCGAUCUCCAACCUUCCUUUUCUGAGCAAGAUCAUGGAAAUAGCAGUUGCUGCCCAACUCCACCAUCAUAUGUCCGACCAUGAGCUCUACGAAUCCUUCCAAUCAGGCUUCAGAUCCAACCACAGCACAGAGACGGCCCUUAUUAAAAUAACCAAUGACCUCCUCAUAGCCGCCGAUUCAGGCCUCGUCAGCAUCCUUAUCCUCCUAGACUCUCUCUGCCGCAUUCGACACAGUCUCCCACACUAUCCUACUCAACCGCCUAUCCGUCUACCUUGGCCUCUCUGGUACAGCCCUCUCCUGGUUCCAUUCCUACCUCUCCAACAGUUUGUGACCAUCGGAAAAUCCAGCUCUCCCCCAGCCCCUGUCAACCAAGGUGUGCCGCAAGGUUCUGUGCUCGGCCCCCUUCUAUUCAACAUCUACAUGCUCCCCCUCGGUGAAAUCAUUCGCCAACAUGGUCUCAACUUCUCAACAGCUCCUAUGCCGACGACACCCAACUCUACAUCAGUACCAAUCCAUCAUCCCAGCUACCCCCACUGUCACUUGUCAACUGCCUCCGCGACAUCCAAGCCUGGAUGUCAAAAAAUCUACUUAAACUCAACAAUAACAAAACAGCUCAUGGUUGUGGCCCCAAAAACACUGCUCCGGAAGGUUGGAGAUCUGCUCCUCACCAUCGAUGGCGGCUCCAUCCACCCUUCCCCCGAGGUUCGCAGACUGGGCGUCACUCUGGACUCUAGCCUCACCUUUAACUCCCACAUCAGGUCAACUGUCAAAACUGCAUUUUUUCACCUACGAAACAUCUCCAGACUCCAGCCCUCUCUCCCCGAACCCGUUGCAGAAACAUUAAUCCAUACCUUCAUCUCCUCUCGUCUGGACUACUGCAAUGGUGUUCUGUUCGGGGUCACCAGCAAAGCCCUGGACAGGCUCCAGUACGUCCAGAACUCUGCAGCCAGGCUCCUCACCCGCACUAAGCCCUGGCAACACAUCACCCCUACCCUCAUCCACCUACAUUGGCUCCCGGUCAAGUCACCCCCUCCAUACAUCUCUGACCUCCUUCAGCCCUACACCCCCUCUCGUCACCUGCGGUCCUCCGACAAAGGGCUGCUCUCCAUCCAGCGCUCCAAGCUGAAAACAUUUGUCGUUAGUAAGAUUGAGAUUGGCGGGUUUGCAAAUGCAUGCUCGUUGGUUCCGAGAUUGCGACAUCGUCAGACACCCUGGACCCGGAGGGAUAUGUGUCGCAUGGCUACUGAGCAGCCACAGACUUUAGCCACCUACUCUGUGUCGGACGCUGUGGCCACGUAUUACCUCUACAUGAAAUACGUUCACCCCUUCAUCUUCGCUCUGUGCACCAUCAUCCCCAUGGAGCCCGACGAGGUGCUGCGUAAAGGCUCUGGGACGCUGUGCGAGGCUCUGCUCAUGGUUCAGGCCUUCCACGCAAACAUCGUUUUCCCCAACAAGCAGGAGCAGGUGUUCAACAAAAUGACCGGCGACGGCCACGUCAUGGACUCUGAGACCUACGUGGGCGGCCACGUGGAGGCGCUGGAGUCCGGAGUUUUCCGCAGUGACAUCCCUUGCCGUUUCAAAAUGAACCCGGCCGCGUUUGACUUCCUUCUGCAAAGAGUUGAGAGAACCAUUCGUCACGCCAUUGAGGAAGAGGAGAACAUCCCUUUGGAUCAGGUCACCAACUUUAAUGAGGUUUGUGAGGAUAUCAAAAAGAAGCUGAUAUCCUUAAAGGAGGUCCCAAACAGGAUUGAAUGCCCCCUCAUCUACCAUCUGGAUGUUGGGGCUAUGUACCCCAAUAUCAUCCUCACCAACCGCCUGCAGCCGUCCGCCAUAGUUGAUGAGGCCACUUGUGCCGCCUGUGACUUUAACAAGCAUGGUGCCACCUGCCAGAGGAAAAUGGCCUGGCAGUGGAGAGGGGAGAUCAUGCCUGCCAGCCGCAGUGAGUUUCACCGAAUCCAGCAGCAACUGGAGUCUGAGAAGUUCCCGCCCUAUUUCCCCAACGGCCCACCUCGGGCCUUCCACUCUCUCAACAAGGAGGAGCAGGCCAAACACGAGAAGAAACGUCUGGCAGACUACUGUAAGAGGGCCUACAAGAAGACACACGUCACCAAGCUGGAGGAGCGCACCACCACCAUCUGCCAGAGAGAGAACUCCUUCUACGUUGACACCGUGAGAGCUUUCAGAGAUCGUCGCUACGAAUUCAAAGGACUCCACAAGGUGUGGAAGAAGAAACUGUCGGCAGCUCAGGAGAGCGGAGACGCUGCUGAGGUGAAGCGCUGCAAAAACAUGGAGAUCCUGUACGAUUCUCUUCAGCUGGCUCACAAGUGUAUUCUCAACUCUUUCUACGGCUACGUCAUGAGGAAAGGGGCGCGCUGGUACUCCAUGGAGAUGGCUGGCAUUGUGUGCUUCACUGGAGCCAACAUCAUCACUCAGGCCAGAGAGCUUGUCGAACAAAUAGGGAGGCCCCUGGAGUUAGACACUGACGGGAUCUGGUGUGUCCUCCCCAACACCUUCCCCGAGAACUUUGUGAUUAAAACCAACAAUGAGAAGAAGCCCAAGGUGACCAUCUCCUACCCCGGAGCCAUGCUGAACAUCAUGGUGAAGGAGGGAUUCACCAACGAUCAGUACCACGAGCUGGUCGACCCCGCGACCCUCACUUACCAAACCAGGGCCGAGAACAGCAUCUUCUUUGAGGUGGACGGACCGUACCUGGCCAUGAUCCUGCCCGCAUCCAAGGAGGAAGGGAAGAAGCUGAAGAAAAGGUACGCUGUAUUUAAUGAGGACGGCUCCCUGGCUGAGCUGAAGGGUUUCGAAAUCAAGAGACGAGGAGAGCUGCAGCUCAUUAAGAUUUUCCAGUCGUCAGUGUUUGAGGCUUUCCUCAAAGGCACCAAUCUGGAGGAGGUGUACGCCUCUGUGGCCAAAGUGGCUGACUACUGGCUGGACGUUCUGUACAGCAAGGCUGCCAACAUGCCAGACCAGGAGCUGUUUGAACUGGUUUCUGAGAAUCGUUCGAUGUCCAGAAAGCUGGAGGACUACGGAGAGCAGAAGUCCACCUCCAUCAGCACAGCUAAGAGACUGGCGGAGUUCCUGGGAGACCAGAUGGUGAAAGAUGCUGGUCUGAGCUGUCGCUACGUCAUCUCCCGGAAACCUGAGGGUGCGCCUGUCACAGAGAGAGCCAUUCCUCUGGCCAUCUUCCAGGCGGAGCCCAGUGUGAAGAAGCAUUUCCUUCGUAAGUGGCUGAAGAUGCCCAGCAUUCAUGACUUUGACAUCCGAUCGAUCCUUGAUUGGAAUUAUUACAUAGAGAGGUUGGGUAGUGCCAUCCAGAAAAUCAUCACCAUCCCUGCAGCUCUUCAACAGGUGAAGAAUCCGGUACCCAGAGUGAGGCACCCUGACUGGCUGCACAAGAAACUUCUGGAGAAAAAUGAUGUCUUCAAGCAGAAGAAAAUCAGUGAGCUGUUCACCAGCGAGGGCAAGAGACAGGUGGCCCAUCAGCCUCUGGAAGCAGGCCAAACCGCGGACAUAGAGGACUUUGGGAGGCCCCCCAGACCUCUGCAGCCGGCCAUCCUCAUCAGCACCAAGCGCAAACGGGCGUCUCAGGCAGAGGAGAGCCAAGUGGAGUCGCAGGAUGUGGAGCUCACUCAGUCCUGGAGGGAGAUCCUGGGGGCGCCCCCGGCUGUGGGAAACUCACGGGAGGAGAUCCUGGUGUGGCUGCGGUACCAUAAGAAGAAGUGGGAGCUCCAGCUGAGGCAGAGGAAGGAGAGAAAGAAGAGGAGGAGGCUGCUGGAUGGUGAAGCUCAACCCGUGGGGGGGGGAGUGAUCCGGGAUCAGGGCCCCACCGGCGGCCUGGGGAGCUUCCUCCGCAAAACAGCACGCAGCAUCCUGGACAUGCCAUGGCAGAUUGUGCAGAUUGCAGAGACCAGUCACCCCGGCCUGUACAAGCUGUGGGCUGUGAUCGGAAACGACCUCCACUGCAUGAAGCUCAACAUCCCACGUGUGUUCUAUGUCAAUCAGAAAGUCCCAAAGCAGGAGGAGGGAGCCACCUACAAAAAGGUACCGGCUCACAUUACUUUUGCGACCUGCCACAAAAAUACUAUGGACACAAAGUAUCUGAGGAAGCUAAGCCCCGCUCUCCAGUCGGCAACUAGGUAUUACCACUUACCCGUGGGGAACUUGCCUCAGGAUGUGUCCAUCUUUGGCUCAGAUCUGUUCCUGGCACGACAUCUGAGGAAACACAACCACCUGCUGUGGCUCUCCCCCACCGCCAGGCCUGAUCUGGGAGGAAAGGAGGCCGAUGACAGUCGUCUGGUGAUGGAAAGUGAUGACAGGGGCUCGGUGGAGAUCAAUGCUCAGGGAUGCUAUUCCACAGUGUGUGUGGAGUUGGACCUGCAGAGCCUUGCGGUGAACACCAUCCUCCAAUCACAACAUGUCAACGACAUGGAGGGCGGGGCUAGCUUGGGUGUCAGUUUUGAUGUGAUCCAGCAGGCCUCGUUGGAGGACAUGAUGUCAGGGAACCAGGGAGCCAGCGCUCUGGCCAGCUAUGAUGAGACGGCUCUCUGCUCCAACACCUUCAGGAUCUUGAAGAGCAUGGUGGUUGGGUGGGUCAGAGAGAUCACACAGUACCACAACGUGUAUGCAGACAACCAGGUGAUGCACUUCUACCGCUGGCUGCGCUCCCCCAGCUCUCUGCUCUACGACCCCGCCCUGCACCGCACCCUGCACAACAUGAUGAAGAAGGUGUUUCUACAGUUGGUUUCAGAGUUCAAACGUCUCGGCUCCACUGUGGUGUACGGAAACUUCAACAGGAUCAUGUUGUGCACUAAAAAACGGAGGAUAGAUGAUGCCAUUAGUUAUGUGGAGUACAUCACCAACAGCAUCCACUCCAGAGAAAUCUUCCACUCUCUGUCCAUCUCCUUCUCCCGAUGCUGGGAGUUCCUGAUGUGGAUGGAUCCGUCAAACUUCAGCGGUGUGAAGGGCAAACUGCCCUCCAGCCUCAUGAGCGGAGAGGACGGAGCCAAACAGAAGAAAAAGAGCCGAGGAGAGGGAGAUGAGGAAGGCAGUGAGGAUGAAGAGGAGGAUCCAGUUGAGGAAGAUGAUGGUGAUGGUGAGACGGAUGAAGUGGAGGAGCUCAUUGAGAGCAACUGGAACAUCAUGCAGUAUCUCCCUGAAACUGCCUCCUGUCAGAAAUACUUCCUCAUGAUUGUCUCCGCCUACAUUGCAGCAGUGUACCACAGCAUGAAAGAGGAGCUGAGACGCAACGCUCCUGGGGCCACGCCGGUCAAGAGGCGUGGAGGCAGCCAGGCUACCCAGCAGGCCGUGGGGGACUUGAGUGCCCUUCCUGGAAUGAUCGUCUUCUCCCAGGAAUACGUGUCCAGUGAGCUGACACAGAACUUUUUCACCAUCACUCAAAAAAUCCAGAAGAAGGUGUCGGGUACCAGGGGGGUCAACCAGCCCUCAGAGAUGUUCCCCGUCCUGCCUGGAUCCCACCUGCUUCUCAACAACCCAGCACUGGAGUUCAUCAAAUACGUCUGCCAGGUCCUGUCUCUGGAUGCCAACAUAGUGAACCAGGUGAACAAGCUGAAGAGAGACCUCCUGCGUCUCGUGGACGUCGGAGAGUUUUCAAUGCAAGCCCAGUUCAGUGACCCCUGUAACUCCUACAUCCUGCCAGAGGUCAUCUGCCACCAAUGCAAUUUCUGCCGUGACCUCGACCUCUGCAAGGACCCAUCUGUGGCACAGGAUGGGUCCGUCUUGCCUCAGUGGUUCUGCUCAAACUGCCAGACGCAGUAUGACACUGAGUCUAUUGAGAUGGCUCUGGUGGAAGCUCUGCAGAAGAAAAUGAUGAGCUACACACUGCAGGAUCUGGUGUGCACCAAAUGUAAAGGAGUGAAGGAAGCAAACAUGCCGCUGUACUGCAAAUGUGCCGGAGACUUCAUCCUCACCUUCUCAGCCAAGAGCCUCUUUGAUCAGAUCACGGUGUUUCGGAAUAUCGCAUCCCACUACAGCAUGAGCUACCUGGAGGAGACGAUCGACUGGCUGCUCGUCAUGAGCCCACAGAUCAGCCAGAGCGCUCUCUGAAUGUGACAUCCAACACUCCGUCUGCUGCAUCUGUGGCAGCUUCUUCUCCAUCUGGAAAACACUCAAAUGUUUCCAGUUAAUGCACUUGUAUAUCCGCCUUCACGAUGUUUGUUGUGAUUCUUUGUUACCAAGACACUGUUAAGGAGAAAUAUCUGGACUGUAAAUAUGUUUAAUGCCUUUUUAUUAUGCCAAAAUAAAAUGAUGUAUGUUUGUGAUUUACAUUUUUAUGAUUGUUAAUAAAUAUUUUUCCAAAUGUUUCAA